CGUCCGACCGAAGGCGACCCAUCCGCCGCGCCGCAUCCAACCCAUCGUCCUUCCUUCCUCCUCCGCCGCUCCGGUGGCGCGAUGGCCGCGCGGGCCCUCCUCCUCCGGACAGCCGCCCGCUGCUGCUCCCCUCUCCACUCCCCCACCGCCGCCCCGCGCCUCCACCCGCGGCUCCGCAGCCACGCCGCCGCUCCCCAGCUCUGCUUCCCCGCGCUCUCCUUCUCCGCCUCCGCCGCGUCCACCAGCUCGCACGGCCCCAGCGGCGGCGACGCCGGCGCCGAAGGGGAGGAUGACAAGGGAGGGUACGAGAACUACCUGGGGAUGAGCGACGACGAGCUCAUGGCACAGUGCGACAUGGGCACCUUCAAGUCUUCCGGCCCCGGCGGCCAGCACCGCAACAAGCGCGAGUCCGCCGUCCGGCUCCGCCACCACCCCACCGGCAUCGUCGCCCAGGCUGUGGAGGAUAGGUCACAACAUAAGAAUCGAUCAUCUGCUUUAUCUCGGCUUCGGACCCUGAUUGCUCUUAAAGUUAGGAGGCCGAUAAACCUUGAUAACUACACUCCUCCAGUUGAACUUCUUCAGAUAUUGCCACUGAAGUCUACCAUUCGAUCAAAGGAUGUUGGUAACCAAAUUGGCCCAAAUAAUCCAAAAUUUUCUCCAGGAAUGCAAGCUUUAUUAGAUCUUCUAUUUGCUGUUGAAGGUUCUGUAUCAGAGGCAGCGAAAAUUCUAGGCCUAAGCACUGGUGCCCUGUCAAGGUUAAUUCUAUCAGAUGAUUCUCUCCGAGCGGCUGCCAAUGAACUACGAGCCUCCAAGGGACUGAAGCCACUAAGAUGAUGCCCCUUUACAAUGUUAUCAUCUUCAGCUGCGCCACAGGUGCCAAGGUGUCUGAUUGCUUAUGAUUUCAUGGCAUGCCAUUGGAGCUUAUGCCCAAUUCCCUGGCGCAAGAAAUGCAAAACAUACACAGGGUCUGUCCUAUACUGCUAUACAGGGCCAUCAUCAUGCCUGCUUGUUUGUCGCACACCAUUGUAACCUUGUUGUUGUACAGUGCAAUUGUACUUUCACAUGUCGCCAUCGCUUGAUGAUGCCUUCAACAAAUUGGAUCUACUUUUAAGCGAUACAGCGCCUUUUUAUUACCAAACUACUUUUCA